UAACAGUGUCCCAACUCCACGGAUAUUUAAGCAAAAUCGUCAGUUACAAUAGAGAAUUUUGAAUUCGAGUACAAGGAUUUUCAUUUUUAUACCGAAAAUGAUUCAGUUGAAUUUAUCUUUCAUCGUUUUAGGGUUUUUAUUUUGCCAAAUAGCUUCUGUUAAAUCGUGUGUAAAAGAGACAAGAAGAUCUGGAGAAAUUACUAUCGAAGCAAAAACGAUAUUGGAUUCUCUAGACAUACAAGAGUGCAUAGAUAUACAUAUACCACCGAAUCAAUUCAUACGCCUCAAUAUUCAAGAGCUCACGCUUUAUUUCACGGAGUGCGAAGACAAACUUGAAAUCAUCAUCAAGCAAUCAGCGGAUACUUAUUCGUUCUGUCAGAAUGAUAAAAUCAACAAUUCUAUAACUGCUGUAACUGACGUCCAGAUUAAUUUUAUUGCUCAUUACCUUUUGGAAUAUAGUGUGUACGAUGAUGAAGUAUAUUAUUUCAGACCAAACUUCAAGCUGAAUUUUGAAAUUAGAGAUAUUGAAUGCUUACAAAACAACAGUUUUCACUGUUCUAAUCAUUCUUGCAUUCCUAAGAAUGAAAUAUGCGACGGAGUUAAAGACUGCGAAAAUGGGGCAGACGAAGUUGGAUGCGAAACAGGCAUAUUAAGCAUUAAAGGUGUUACGGAGACGCGUUCAAAAGAAAUAGAGUGGAUGAAAAGCAAGCGUUCUUCUUCCUGGGGAUGGCAUGAGAAUACUCCACGAGUUCUAUCUUCUCUAUUUUUAUCAGGAGGAGUCAAAUUCGACGGCACAAUCUAUGAAGAAGAACUAAUGGCGAAACAAACAGAGCUUAAAACUUCGAUUGCUCUACUGAAGAAUCCUCUUUCAGCAGAACAACUAAGCAUGUUUAUAAACAGCUUAUUGGUGACGUGUCACAAUCCUCGUCAGUUCUAUGGACAGAACCUGAUAAAGCGUUUAAAAGAGCAAGUGCAGUCUACAACUAACUUCACGCAUCCAAUAGCAUAUUUAACUCUCUGCAAUGCUAAAGAACCCUGGCCGCUUAAAGCAAUUGCAGAUCUCAACAAAAUUUUAAGCACCGAUGCUGACAAUACUUUUGUUAGAGAUUACCAAGCAUUUGCUGUCAUGGCAAUUUCGUGUUAUGAGAACCAAACGCAACUGCUGAAUGCAGGUGAAUAUAGUAGUUUAAAAACCAAUUAUGAAAACGUCAUUAAACUUUUCAAGGUAGCUCAACUCUCUGAUGGAAGUUUUGGAAAUCUACAUACAACUUCAUUAAUAACUCAGGCUUUGAUUUCGAGUGGUCAAGAAUAUAAAAAAGAUUGGAAACUCAAUGCAACGGUUCAUUAUCUAUUAGAACAGCUGUCUUCAACUCACGAUGUUGUCUCUAGUUCCCUAACUCUUCCUGUUCUCAAUGCAAAAAGUAUAAGUGACAUCUCAAAGGUUAAUUGCACUUUGAAUGCUAGAAGAAAUGGAUUUGUUAACCAAGCCUCAGAAAUGAAUGACUAUACAGGACCAAAAGUGCGAGUGCGGUAUUCACUUUAUGUGGGAGACGAGAAAGAUGUGAUCCAUACUAUUUCCCUUAGAGUUCCAGAGAACUACACGGCUUUUGAAGUGAUGAAACUAGCUGAAACAGAAGAUCCAAAAUACACUUUUAAAUACAAGAAGAUUUCUGGUAUGAUGUAUGUGUAUCAAAUUGGUGAAAUGAUUAAUGAUCCUGAAGUAGGUUAUUUCUGGACUCUUUAUCAAGGCCAAGAAAAUACGAAUGCUACUCUUAACCACUACAAUUUGAGUCCUGAUCAACUUGUUAUGCAAGAUAAAGAACAUCUCGUCAUGUGGUACAAGAAAGCUCAUUUCUGAAAAAAGAAAAUCUCAAUAAUUUAUUUUUACUUUAACUAGCAAAAUUGUACUUAUAUUGAACUAUAUAAAGGAAUAUAUUAAAAAGUCAUUUCUGAUUGCA